AUGGCAACUAAAAAUCUCGACACUGAUCGUGGUACUGCAGCAUUUCCACAUUUUAGUCCGAAAUACAAAUGCUGCUGUGAUACGAUACAUGUGAAGCAAGGAACAUUGAUGAUUUGCGUUGUUACUGCUAUAAUCAAGGUGGUAGAGUUGCUGCAUGCAGUGAUUUCUUUUUCUGAAGAUCAUCUUCAGUUGUCAACUUUUUACAUUGUGCAUGUGUUAGCGGAAAUCAUCUGCGUCGUGUUGCUUUUCGUUGCAGUCCUAAAGGAUAGGAAGCGUUUUCUUCUACCUUUUCUCUUCAUACAGAAUAAGAAGCGAACGGAUGACUUGAUGCUGAUGGUUUCUUGUGCACUCAGUAGGACACGCUGUAUGAUAGUUGGUUAUGUUGAUCAAGUUACCCGUCGCUAA